AUCUUGGAGUGGGUGGAUCCAUUCUAUAAACACAAGCUUCAAUCAACAGAUAUCUUGCGGGCCCUCCGAAACUACAAUCCAUUCCGGGCUGGAUUAGUUUGUCUGUCUGCUUCUGCUUAAUUAGGAAGCAUGGAUGCUAAUUCGGUUCAGCCAAUUCCAUCUACUAACGCAGCUGUAACUCUAAGUGCGAGUAUAUCGGAGGUUCUUAGAGAAGAUAAUUACGAACGGUGGAGCAUUUUAAUGCAACACUAUUUUGUGGCUCAAGGUCUUUGGGAUGUUGUUCUAUCAAGUCAGAUUCCUUGGAAUGAAGAUUCAAGGGACUGGAUUAAAAAGAAUGCUUCAGCUCUGCUUGCAAUUAAGAAUUCAUGUGGAGCACAAACGUUUGAUCAGAUUAAGAAUAUGAAUUUAGCCAAAGAUGCUUGGAAUGCAUUGGCUGAUUUGCAUAAACCACCAAAUGUAGACGAGGGUAGAGGAAGUGGAACUGAUGCAGGGAUAAUGGACAACAAUAAAAGCAAAAGGACUAAAUUUGCGCGAUUACUCAAGAAAAUUUACCGAGGGGAUUGGAAUGCCCUAAAAUCCUUGGACAAAAUAACUGAAAUCAUUUUUUGUGGUGGUUUCACUGUUCUGCAUAUUGCAACUAUUUCUGGUCGCUUGGAGAUUGUCAAUGAAUUGGAAUGGCUCAAAGCAGCAGUAGGCAAUUCUUUUUUCAAUAGUGGACAUAAAUUUCUUGAUGGUAAAUUUUUGAAGGCAUGGAAGGGAGAUGCAUGGUGCACUUAUGACUGCGGGGGAGCUCACUGCUGGAUUAAUCAGUUUUAGGUGAGGUAAUUCCCAGUUGGGUCAGAUGUUAAUGAGAGCUAGGGUGGUUUUUCAGGGGGCUACAGUGGCACUUAUGGUUGGCACAGCACGCUACUAUGGUGGAAAUCUCUGGAAAUCGAGUUAGAUUCUCUAACUU